AUCAGCUCCUCUGCAGCUGUCUGCUCCCUCCUCUGCAGGCCUCAAUAGUGCAUCGGUCAGCUGUGCCGCACUUACUGCUGCGGAAAACCCUUCAGAGCAGGACAUUCAUCUGCGCUACGAGGCCGUACCUGUACGAAGAUGACGCUCCAGGCAGAUUUCGAGAAGGUGGCAGAGGAUGUGAAGAAGGUGAAGGCAAAGCCCACAGAUGAGGAGCUGCUGGUCCUGUAUGGCCUUUAUAAACAGGCACUCGUUGGGGACAUUAACACUGAGAGACCGGGAAUGCUGGACCUAAAAGGAAAGGCCAAGUGGGAUGCCUGGGAGUCCAGGAAAGGAAUGUCCAAGGAUGACGCCAUGUCGGCCUACAUCACUCAGGCCAAAGAAGUCAUCGGCAAAUACGGGCUGUGAGACUUGCAUAAACUGAAGAGGCAGCAGUGAUGGAACGAAAACCAGACUACUAAUUAGUAAUUCAGUUACUAAAACAAAACUGCUCUUUACUCAAAAAGCAACAAAAGCAGCCUUUUUGCUUUUAUCUGCAAUAAUGUGAUUUUAAAAUGUCUUUCCUUCUUUUUUUUUUUUUACUUUACAUAGCUCAAUUGAUUUUUGCAUUUUAAUAAUAUCUAUGCAGCCUUUAACAUAUUAACCUUUCUAAUUGUAAUAUAGACUGCAUACUGCGCAAAAUGUGAACAAGCAAAAUGUGAAAAUUAAACCUCUUUCUGCAAUGUUU